AUGGCGAGUGACUUGUGGGAUCGCGACGUGAGCCGCCUGUGGAGUCUGAAGGGAGAAAUUUCGCAUCUGCUGCAGCAGCGCGAGCGUCAGAAAGGCUCCAGCGCGGGCGUGGCGAGCGCCCAGCUCCGCGGAAAGCUUUUGCAGUUCAGCCAAGACGUAGAGCAACUCGAACGCAUUCUCCACGCGCAAGAGGCGGAGCGGGGCGGCUUUGCAUCCGUUGACUCGAGGAGACGCCGCGACGACGUCAGCUUCCUGCGGAAAGAAAACGAGAACUUGAAGGCCGCCUUCAACAGAGUCUUCUCCACGGCAGAAGACGACGCGAUGGAGGGGCCGGCUGAGGUGUUUGUGGACUCGCCGGGCUCGGUGCGUAUCGUGAGGACGCAGGAGGAAGAGAUUCUCGCGGCGCAAGAUGCGCAGCUGAGUUUUCUCGAAGGCACAGUGAGCAACUUGAAGCAGCUCGGGCACGCCGUCGGCGACGAGGUGGAGGUUCACCGCCGCUUGCUGGACGACCUCGACGACGACGUGGAUCGCGCGCAGACUGCUCUGCAGCGAAACAGAGACCUGCUCAAAAAUUUGAUCAACAAACAGUCCAUCUCCUGCUUGCUCUUCACCGCGCUCGUCCUCCUCGUCGUGCUCGUCUUCCUCAUCGUCGCCACCGCCUGA